CUACAAAUAACCAUCUCCUCCGUAUGACGUCAAACAACUAACAAGUUAUUCUAACUGAAAUAAGUUUAACCGAGGAAACAACCCAUUCAAAUGUACGGCUGAUAAUAGACUUUUCAGUUUUCACCCCGAUUUCUGCCCCUGGUUGUGGUUAGCCUAAGUGUAUCUUUGCCUCCUCUCCUUCCACUCCAAACAAAUCCAAAAAUGGCCAAUCUACUGCACCUUCAGCUUCAACGCUCUUGGCUCACACCUUCUUCACCUCAUCAUCUUCCACCUCUCUCCAUCAAACCUUCCGUCGCCGUCUUCCCGUCCAAAUUCUCCCCCUUCAGACACUCACUUCACGCUACCCCUCUCAAUAAUGCUGAAUCAUCUGAUGAACCCACUUCUUCAGAAUUCCAUCAGAAACCUGCAGUCAUCGGCCCUGUGAAGCUGGCUUUUGAGAAAGCUGAAGGGUAUAAGAAAUCUGCUACCAUGGCGGCGGCUCAGAAUGUGAAAAUUGAGGACCCGAUUGAGGGUCCUAACGAGGAGAAGGCAGAAGUACCAGAUCCUGUUAAGGCUGCUCUGGAGAAAGCCAAAGUGUACAAGAAGAAUAAAGGAGCUGUUGGCAGCGAUGUGAAACUUGAGUCAAAUCCAGGAGUGAUGAAGGCGAGAAAUGGGCGGGAUCCAGGAAGUAAAUUGAUGGAUGGAGGUGAGAGCAGCCAAGGGAGGCUAUCAGUUUCAAAGCUUGAUUUCGUGGGACUUGAUUUUGGGGAAAGGAAAAGGGGAAAAGGGCUGCCGGCUGGACUGGUUCCUACAGUGGAUCCUUAUCCGGCAGGGGACUUGCCAGACGUGGAGAUCAUUGUUGGGGAUACCAGCAAUUUUCGGGAGAGGAAACAAACGAAUCCUCAGCCCGCGCAAGAAGAUAGUGCCGCAGAUCUCUAUAAGCCUAAGGUUUCUACAUGGGGAGUCUUUCCCAGACCUGGAAACAUUUCGAAAACGUUUGGUGGUGGGAAAACUAUUCGCCCUGGGGAUGUACUGGAAACAGAAGAGGAAAGAGCUAGUAAAGAUGCACGCACGAGGCAAAUGGUUGCAGCUUACCGCAAGAAAGUUGGUUUAAAUAUCGAUCCAAAGUUGAAAUCGGAGUGCGACAAGACCUUGAAGGAUGGCGACUCUUUGAUGGACUCAGGGAAGCUCAAUGACGCACUAACUUACUAUCAAACCGUUAUGGAUAAACUACCUUUCCAGAGCGAACUUCAUGGAUUAGCAGCUUUGCAGUGGUCCAUCUGCCAAGAUUCACUUAAUCGGCCAAAUGAGGCACGGGCUGUGUACGAAAAACUUCAGUCUCACCCAAAUCCUAAAGUAAGCAAGAGAGCAAGGCAAUUGAUGUUCAGUUUCCAGGCCAUGGAAAUGAUGAAGGUUACAGGGUCGAAUUUCUCGCUCGACAACCCUGGCUACCAGGACUACUUCGAGAAAUUUGUGCAAGACAAGACGAAUUACUCUGCGACAAACGAUGAAGGGAAGGACUAUGAACUAGAGAAGAGAACUCGGUAAAGAAUGUAUAGUUUACGGUAUAGGUUAUAAUACAAAGUCCACCUAUUAUUUACUACUACAAAAUCAUGUAUGAUGGUUGGAUUAGAGGGUAUGAUCUAAUUGGCAUAUUUGCAUAUGAGUAAGAAGAGAGGAGAGGUUUGGGGGAGAGCUGAGCGCAUUUUCUUGUGGCUGGGAUCUUAAGGUGGCACUUAAUUCACUUUUUUAAAUCUCACUUAGCUUUUACUUGGCCGGAAUAUCUGAGCUAUACAACAAUUUAUUGAUAGCAUCUUCUAGCUUUUAAUCGGCACUUACUUGGCCCGUUGGCCGGAAUAUCUGAGCUAUACAACAAUUUAUUGAUAGUAUCUUCUAGCUUGAGCCCGUCCUUCCACCGGAAUGUUUCAAUUUAUUUUUUUUAUAAUUUAUCUCAAAUGAGUUUUUUGAAUCCAAUAUGACAAUUAAUUGCUUUGUGAUCUCGCAUUAUCUAUGAUGUGUAUUUUUUUGAAUUUAUACAAUAAUGUUGAAUUUUUUGA